CCUCUGGCAGUCCGUCCGCCGAGGGGGAGCCAUGUUGAUGCCCGCUCUUGUGUCUCGGGUAUGGUUGAAGGACCCGCAGAGUGGGAGCCUGCUGCGGUGAUUCCCGCACCGCCACGCAAAGAGGACAGCGGCCCGGGGACGGCAGGGGGGGCGGCCCGCACGGAGCCCCGCACGGAGUAGCGCUGCACCGCACACUCGACCCGCAGCCAGGGAAGUUGAUGCUAGUUAGCUUGUUAGCUAGGUUGGCAACAGCUGUGCGGACGUUGCGUGGGAUGCGGCUUGUGGACUGAACCCUCGGGUCCGGUUCCUUCUUUCGUGGAGCGACGUGUGGCCAACCCGCUUCACCACCGUGUCCGGGCGGACCGCGGCCAUGCUGACCUAACGCCACUUGCCUUUGUGACGCUAGCUAGCUGUUAGCUCCUGUUAGCAUGCUGACAACUAGCCCGCAGCUCCAGUCACGACCAGCGUUUUGUAGCUGAGCGGCCGCUCGCUUGUUGCUCGCUGCGCACAGACUCUCCCCUCGGCCGUGGAGCAGCGUGUUGCGUGACAGACCCUCCCCGAGCUGGACACUAUGGCGAUACACCCAGUCUCUAUGGAAAGCUACCAGUUUGCCUGCCUAGCUUGCCAGGGAGCGGCUAACGGGCUAGCAGCGUAACUUCCCCCCCCCUCCCCUCACGGCGUCACCCACAAGCCGCGGAGCCCACCUCCUCGCCAGGCGACCUCCUCGCACCUGAAGCAAGCUGGCGGCCCUCCGAAUAGAAGCCGAGGACAAGGAGCUCGGGCCGAUGGCCUGGGUGCUGAAGAUGGACGACGCCUCCAUCGAGUCGGGGCUGGUGCACGACUUCGAUGCCAGCCUGUCCGGCAUCGGGCAGGAGCUGGGGGCUGGAGCCUACAGCAUGAGUGAUGUGCUGGCUCUGCCGAUUUUUAAGCAGGAGGACUCCAGCCUUCCGACCGAAAGUGAGACCAAAAACCCCCCAUUCCAGUAUGUGAUGUGCACCGCCACCUCGCCUGCUAUCAAGCUGCAUGACGAGACGCUCACAUACCUAAACCAAGGCCAGUCUUACGAGGUGCGUUUGUUGGACAACCGGAAGGCAGAGGAGUUACCAGAGCUCAACAACAAGAUGGUGAAGAGCACAGUGCGAGUGGUGUUUCACGACCGCCGGCUGCAGUACACAGAGCACCAGCAGCUGGAGGGCUGGAAGUGGAAUCGACCUGGUGACCGUCUCCUUGACAUCGAUAUCCCCAUGUCAGUGGGCAUUGUGGAGCCGAAGACUCACCCCUCCCAGCUCAACGCUGCAGAGUUCCUGUGGGACAUGAACAAAAGGACUUCUGUUUUUGUGCAGGUGCAUUGCAUCAGCACAGAGUUCACUCCCAGGAAACACGGCGGAGAGAAGGGCGUUCCCUUCAGGAUCCAGAUCGACACGUUUGCCCUGGGAGACAAUGGAGAGUACACAGAACACCUCCACUCUGCCUCCUGCCAAAUUAAAGUCUUUAAGCCAAAGGGGGCGGACCGAAAGCAAAAGACAGACCGGGAGAAGAUGGAGAAACGCACAGCUCAAGAAAAAGAAAAGUACCAGCCCUCUUACGAUACCACUAUCCUGUCAGAGACAAGGCUUGAACCCAUCAUAGAGGAUGCGGGUGACCACGAGCUGAAAAAAUCCAGCAAGCGGACACUUCCCGCUGACUGUGGUGACUCCUUGGCCAAGAGAGGCAGUUGCUCCCCGUGGCCAGACAAUGCCUACGUCAGCACCAACCAGGCAGCUACUCCCUCCUUCACCUCCACCCCGCUGUCCACCUACUCAACCUCCUCAGUACCGGACAGUGACUCGUCCUCUCCAAAUCACCAGGCCGACCCCACCAGCCUCGGCAAUUUGGAGCAGCUGAGUCCCACUGCGUCCAUACAGGACGCACAGAAGUGGCUGCUGAAAAACCGCUUCAACUCCUACACACGACUCUUCUCUCACUUCUCAGGUUCAGAUUUGUUGAAGCUAACCCGGGACGACCUGGUCCAGAUUUGUGGGCCAGCAGAUGGGAUCAGACUUUACAAUGCACUUAAAUCCAGGUCGGUGUGCCCCAGGUUGACGGUGUAUGUCUGUCAGGAGUCUCCUCAGGAGAGCCCCCUGCUGGAGAGGCAUGGCAGUAAUGAAAAUGGAGAGCACAGCAUCUCCUCUAAUUUACGAGUAUACCACGCUCUGUACCUAGAGGACCUGACAGCUGCAGAACUGAUCCGCAAGAUGGCGUGUGUGUGCAGCCUUCCACUGGGAACAAUCAACCAGGUGUACCGGCAGGGUCCUACAGGCAUACACAUCCUGCUCAGUGACCAGAUGGUUUACAACUUGCCGGACGAGAGCAGUUUUUUGAUCAGCACCGUCAAAGAUGAACUAGGCGAAGGACUCCAUCUAAUCCUGAAGUAAUGAUGAGUACGGAUGGCAUCACUGAAACUCCACUCUCUGUCUCGGAGCAGAAGCCUCCCUCUGACCCUGCCUCGACUCCUUCUACUUCCUCCCUCUCUCUCUCUCUCUCUGAACGACGGCUCCAUGGAAAGCAGAGAGACUGCGUUAAAGCCAUGUAACUGUUAGAAUCUGACAUGGGUGUGUCCACUGUUUCAUAUUGAAAACACUAUUAACGGAGGAGAGUUAAAAGAGGAGAGACUGGGGGGAAUACGGGGUUUUGGGGAGUGAUAACAAUCUUUCUAUGUAUUUUGAUUUUAUUAUCUUAUUUUUUUGUCUUUUUAUAUGUUUUUUC